UGUCUCCACUCUCCAGACGUCCAGGCAUAGUAGAGAUAGUGAAAUGUGUAUGUCAGACUAACGCACCUAGUCUGACAGGCAAACCAAGUAAAACGUAUGAAGAUCAAUAACGACGAUCGCAGAUCACAAAAGAGAUCUUACAAAGUAAAACUAUUGUUUUAAUUAAGAAAGUAUAUGUUGUACGGUAUGCCGGUGUUGUUUGCAGUCUGAGCUGAGUUUGUUUUACUCCUGCAUUACUGACGUUAUUCUGCUGAUCCAAAUAGGGUUCGGUUGCAAAUUGAUAUCAUACAUGUUAAGUGCACUGAUGAUGUGUAAUAAUGAAGAUUAGUGGUUUAAUACCAUAUUUUUUAACUGUAGCAGUAUGUAGAUCAUGUUUAAAUUCAAAUAGUUAUUUAUUCUAUCUUUGUGUACUGUCGUUUCCAUGGCGACUGAACAGCUAAACAGAAGGUUUCAAAAUUGACAUUUGACACCAGAAACGCUUUAUCUGUUGACACCAGGUUCUAAACAGAUUUGAUUGUGUAUUUUUGCUGAUUUGUUUUUUGUUUAUCUGUGGAGUUAUGGUCGACGAUUCGGCCGAUUCCAACGAGAGAAAUCGGUCGGAAAGUGGAAAAAAUGCCCCGUUGGAAAUACGCCCAACGGUAUUUCUAUGACAUCGUUUCUCAUAAAUACAUCAAAUGGAAAUACGUUCUUGUUUUUGUUUUGAUCGUAGUGGCUUUUGAAUUUUGGGAGGUAUUCAAUUUAUGGGAUAGGCGCCACAGAAAAUUCAGGCUUAAUAGAAAUUGUUAUGAUGUUCCUGUUGAUGCUGUGAUCACAUGGGUUAACGGGUCAGACCCGAUUUUUCAAAAUCAGUUGCAAUACUAUGAGAAAGAUCUGCGGGACCAGUUUGCGAAACAGUGCCCUUAUAAAAUUUGCCUUCCGUCUCACAUUUCCGCAGCAAGGAUAAGUUGGGUCGUAAAAGCCUCUGUCUCUGCAAAUAUUUCUUUUUCUAUCGUAAACAGUACAGAUAAUAAAUCCUGGGCGAUAAUCAGUUGGAACACACAAGCUCAGGCAGAGCAGAUUAAUAGUAUAGUCUUCGGUGAAACAAGAACCACUAUGUAUCAAGCCUAUUGGACUGUUGAUAAAAAAGCGCCAAACUUAUGGGCAAACAACAAUUCUUUAUUUUUGACCAUUAUCGGAGACUGUAAUCUGACUGAAGAAAAAAUUAUAAAAUGGUUGGGCACUAACGUCAAACACGUCUGGCUGUACAGGGCAUCUGCUGUUGUUCAAUUUUUCACUCACAACGAUAUUCAUAGAAUUUUGCAGAAUGCUGAUUGGCGUGUGAUGAAAGUGAAUCAAGGAUUGAAAUUAAAUAUCACAAGGGCUUAUUUAAUAUUAGAGUUACCAACAUCAUUGCAUCCUGGUGAUUAUUCACCGGCCAGGUUCAGUGAUAAAGAGGAGCUUCGAUAUUGCUUGAGAUCAAUUGAAAAGCAUGCUUCUUGGAUUAGAAAUAUUUACAUUGUUACAAAUGGCCAAAUACCGUACUGGCUCAAUUUAGAAAAUCCAAGAAUUAAAUUAAUCACCCACGAUGAAAUUUAUAGAGAUGAAAACCAUCUUCCAACUUUCAGCAGCCCUUCAAUAGAAGUUCAUCUUCACAGGAUUCCUGGUCUUUCUGAGAAGUUUCUUUAUCUAAACGAUGAUAUAUUGAUUGGAAAAGACAUUUUCCUAGAAGACUUCAUUUCCCCAAUAAAGGGCCAGAAGAUAUAUUUGUCAUGGCCUAUACCCGAUUGUUCGCUAUCUUGCCCUUGGUCUUGGGUAAAUGAUGGCUCCUGUGAUCCUGCUUGUAACACAUCACAAUGCUCAUUUGAUGGUGGUGAUUGUCUAGAUGAAAAUCUACUAGGCGACAAACGCUUCAAUUAUUCCGAUGAGCAAAAUUUGGAUUACGAAAUUCUGCAAAAGGAACACAUUAACAUAGAGCAUAACUCAGUUUUGCUUAAUGUUUCAAAAAAUUCCUUAAACACGAGUAUUUUGGAAGAAAACAUUCUAUCGGCCAACUUGAAUAGCACGAGAAAUAACAUAAAUGUUAGCCGUGUUCCACUGAUGUAUAAAUAUGUUGAUGAUGCCAGUAGUGGAAAAAUAUACGACACAUACGCCGAGUCCCUUUUAUAUGUAAAUAAGCUGUACAAUAGGCGAUACAAGUACAAAAUGCGUAAAGUACCUUCACACAUACCUCAUCUAAUCGACAAAACCAUAAUGGAAAAUCUACAGUUGAAAUUUCAAGAAGAAUAUGUCAAAACAUCGUCACAUAAAUUUCGCCAACCUGACGACAUGCAGUUGGCCUUUUCUUAUUACUACUUUAUAAUGAGUGAGAAGUACACCAAAUCUAAGGGUGAAAUAUUUGACAUGUUCGACACUGACAAGUCAGGAAGCUGGUCAGAUAGAGAAAUAAGAACAAUAAUCGCACAGCUUUAUAGUUUGCCUUUGAAUAGAGGUAGUGUUCUUCAUUUCGAAGGAAGCCUGAUCAAUUGCGCAAAUAGGGACGAUUACAAUCGUCCACAGCCUAUGUACGAAAGAUAUUUGGAUUCGAAAUUGCCGUUUAUUUCAAAAGAUCUUGUCUUAAGAUGUAACAGUGUAAUCAGACCUCUUAUGGACAGGUUUGGAAUAAAAUCAAAAUACGACUACACCGUUCUCAAAUCGACAGAGGUUGAAAGUGCAACCGAAUUUCAAAUGAUAACAUCUAACCUGAGUAUUCUUUUAAACACUCUAGACAGGAUUAGAGGAUAUCCAAAGAAAUUCAUCUGUCUCAACGACAAUCUUGACGCUGAGAAAAUCGAAGAGAACAGCCUCGUCAAAGAUGUCCUGCUAGAUUUUUACUAUUCAUUAUUUCCACUUCCGUCGGAAUUCGAGCUCCCGCCGGAAUUCAGAAAUAGAUUUACAUAUCAAGCCGACCUGAAAAAAUGGCAAAAAAAUAAAAUUCUAUUACUGAACGUUUUGAGCCUGAUUUUGUUCGUGGUCGCUUUCACCAUUACUUUAGUCUGCUUCAAUGUAGAGAUUAAAAGCAUAUGGAAGCAGGUGAGAAAGCGUAAAUUGAGGAAAAAUCUCACCAUGUAAAACCAUCUAGU